AUGCCGCUAGACUCCUCGAGCUGCCUUUUGAGGUACUUGGUGCAUCAGCGCGUAGCAACGCCCCUGUCGCGGAUCUGUACCCGAGGCUCAGGCGGUCGUCAUACCGCUACUUCAUCCAGCGAGAACUACCUUUACGGACUCAUCGUCAACAUGCGCUUUCUCGCCGUCCUUCCGAUGUUCCUGCCGUUCUUCGCGUCGACGGUCAAUUGCUCGCCCGUCGAAACGGGGAUCGUCACUGGUGGCAGAGGCGUUUACCCCGAGUACUACAUGACCCUCGAAUCACCCAAUCGUCACUUCUCGGUUGGCUUCACCUUUCAGCUGGCUUACAACACUUUGAACUCAUACUACGGCGCGCUUACCGUGUGCAUCAACGACUUCAAGUCGGGCACAUGUGGCGCUGCCUAUCUCAACCAUGGCGGUGUAGGUGAUGACCGCUGGUCGUACUGGGAGUUCAAGGGAACAGGCUUCAUUGUCUACGUUCGCCUUUGGCACAAGGGAGAUGGUACGAUUACUAGCUACUCGAUCAAGGACGGCAUGUUGGAGUACGGCAUCAUUUACUACCAGUACGAUGUCUCUGUCGAGCAGGAUUCAUUGCUCAUGCUUCGACAGAUCCCUUACGAAUCUUCAGACUCAUGCGGACAUUCCCUGCACGAGUUGAUGCAGCUUUAG